AUGGUGUUUGGCAGGCACUCUGUGCGCGUGGACCGCCUGGCGGCACUGAAACCGGAUGGGUGUUCUCCGGAGGUGCCGCCCUGCCUGCCACCUGCUGCCCAGCUUGCUAGGUCUAAGCGUCCGGCUGUGUCUGCUGCUUCCUCAGACCCGCAGAGGAAGCAUGGGGUGCCUGCAGGGCUGUCUGCGCGCAUGGACCACCUUGCGUGCGAGAGGGCCCACAUGAAGGCACUGCUACAGGAUGUCCGUCGGUUUUCUGGGGAACAUGUGCUGGGCACUCCUGUGCCGGACCUGGCCCCGUUGUGUGAGGACGAUGUGAUGCGCUAG